AUGAUACUAAUUGAGGCAGCCAAGAAAAGACCUCCUGGUAAACCAAAUUCCUGGACAGAGGAUGAAGCGCAGUACCUUAAAGAUUAUCUUGCUAAAAAGGGAAACCCCAAGAGCUACUCAAUUGCUGUCGCUAAUGCUAUGAAAACCAAGACAGCCCAGCAGACGUCAGUUGAACUCAAUUUAUUCAAUAUUCAUGUUUUAUCAUCCAUGUUGGAGCUCCUUCUGGCGCAAAAAUCCAAUGAAGAAUCUAUAGAAGAAUCCAAUGAAGAAUCUAUAGAAGAAUCCAAUGAAGAAUUCAAUGGAGAAUUCAAUGAAGAAUCCAAUGAAGAAUCCAAUGAAGAAUCUUAUGAAGAAUCCAAUGAAGCAUCCAAUGAAGAAUCCAAUGAAGAAUCCAAUGAAGAAUUCAAUGAUGAAUCCAAUGAAGAAUUCAAUGAAGCAUCCAAUGAAGAAUCCAAUGAAGAAUUCAAUGAUGAAUCCAAUGAAGUAUCUAAUGAAGAAUCCAAUAAAGAAUCCAAUGAAGAAUUCAAUGAUGAAUCCAAUGAAGCAUCCAAUGAAGAAUCCAAUGAAGAAUCCAAUGAAGAAUUCAAUGAUGAAUCCAAUGAAGUAUCUAAUGAAGAAUCCAAUAAAGAAUCCAAUGAAGAAUCCAAUGAAGAAUCCAAUGAAGAAUCUAUAGAAGAAUCCAAUGAAGAAUUCAAUGGAGAAUUCAAUGAAGAAUCCAAUGAAGAAUCCAAUGAAGAAUUCAAUGAUGAAUCCAAUGAAGAAUUCAAUGAAGCAUCCAAUGAAGAAUCCAAUGAAGAAUUCAAUGAUGAAUCCAAUGAAGUAUCUAAUGAAGAAUCCAAUAAAGAAUCCAAUGAAGAAUUCAAUGAUGAAUCCAAUGAAGCAUCCAAUGAAGAAUCCAAUGAAGAAUCCAAUGAAGAAUUCAAUGAUGAAUCCAAUGAAGUAUCUAAUGAAGAAUCCAAUAAAGAAUCCAAUGAAGAAUCAAAUGAAGAAUCCAAUGAAGAAUCCAUGAUGAAUCCAAUGAAGUAUCUAAUGAAGAAUCCAAUGAAGAAUCUAAUGAAGAAUCCAAUGGAGAAUCUAAUGAAGAAUUCAAUGAAGAAUUCAAUGAAGAUUCGAAUGAAGAAUUGA